CCUUAUCCCCCCAUAAACCAACAACUACUCUCCACCUUUCAGGUCCAAUUAGCUUCUCUUUUUCGGGUCUGUAAGCCCAAAUCUUCCAUCGUCUUCCUACUCCCCCUUUUCUCUUCCUGCAAAACCCUAGAUCUCUCUCCCCUUCAACGGGACUCACUUCCCGGCCUUCCUAUUCGCUCCCAGAUCGAUUAUCUUUGGGGCUUUGACAAUUGACCGCUGCGAGUUUUGCUUCCUAGUCCAAAAUGGUAGAAAUGGCGGAAGUGAUGGAAAUGGAAACAACCCCAGUGGGGAAUAACAACGAGCUUGUCGUCGUCACUCAUGAAACACCACCAGAAUCACAGCCAGAAACACAGCCUAAACGACGGAAGAAGAAGUCUAUGGUUUGGGAAUACUUUACCAUUGAACAUGUGAGUGCUGGAUGUAGAAGAGCAUGCUGUAAGCGCUGCAAACAAAGUUUCGCUUAUAGUACUGGUUCCAAGGUAGCAGGGACCAGCCACCUCAAACGUCACAUUGCUAAAGGUACUUGUCCAGCAAUCCGACGUGACCAAGAUAACAAUCAUUUGACCACCCCAUAUACACCAAGGGUUGGUGGGAGUGAACCACGAAAGCGACGCUACAGAUCUCCCAGUUCACCUUUCAUACCAUUUGACCAGGACCGUUGCCGCCAUGAAAUUGCAAGAAUGAUCAUAAUGCAUGAGUACCCUCUUCACAUGGUUGAGCAUCCAGGGUUCAUAGCUUUUGUUCAGAAUCUUCAGCCUCGGUUUGACAACAUCAGUUUCAACACGGUUCAAGGGGACUGUGUUGCAACUUACCUGAGGGAAAAGCAAAGUGUCAUGAAGUUUAUUGAGGGUAUUCCUGGGCGUGUUUGUCUUACACUAGACAUGUGGACUUCGAAACAAACGCUGGGUUAUGUAUUUAUAACUGGACACUUCAUUGAUUUCGAAUGGAAGUUGCAAAGACGGGUUCUCAAUUUCAUAAUGGAACCAUAUCCUGAUUCCGAUUCUGCUCUAUGUCAUGCUGUUGCUGCCUGCCUGUCAGACUGGAGUUUGGAAGGCAAGUUGUUUUCCCUCACCUUCAAUCAUCCAACAAGAGAAGCUGGGCUGGAAAAUCUUAGACCUCUACUCUGUACGAAGAAUCCCCUUAUUCUUAAUGGUCAGCUGUUAAUUGGAAAUUGCAUAGCUCGUACUUUGAGCAGCAUGGCAAAGGAUGUGCUCGGUGCAGGGCAAGAGAUCAUAAAGAAAAUCCGUGAUAGUGUAAAGUACAUGAAGACUUCAGAAUCCCAUGAAGAAAAGUUUGUUCAAGUUAAAAACCAGCUUCAAGUGCCGAGUGAAAAGACCCUGAAUCUUGAUUAUCAAACUCAGUGGAACACGACAUACCAAAUGCUGGCAGCGGCUACUGAGUUAAAGGAAGUGUUUAACUGUUUGAAUACUUCUGAUCCGGAUUAUAAGCUAGCUCCAUCAAUGGAAGACUGGAAGGUGGCUGAGACUUUAUGCACUUUCUUGAAACCUAUCUUUGACGCAGCUAGCAUCCUUACAAGUACAAAUAAUCCUACUGCAAUCACAUUCUUUCAUGAAGCAUGGAAAAUACAUGCAGACUUGGGUCGUUCGAUCACUAAUGAGGAUCCCUUCAUCAGCAAUCUUGCCAAGUCAAUGCAAGAAAAGAUUGAUAAGUACUGGAGGGAUUGUAGCUUGAUUUUGGCAAUUGCUGUAGUCGUGGAUCCUCGUUUCAAGAUGAAGCUUGUCGAGUUCAGUUUCACAAAAAUAUUCGGUGAAGAUGCUCCCACAUAUAUCAAAGUUGUUGAUGAUGGAAUCCAUGAGCUCUUUCUUGAAUAUGUAGCACUUCCACUGCCUUUGACACCAACAUACGCAGAAGAAGGGAAUGUCGGGAAUGGGAAGGCCGACGAUUCUCAUCAAGGGAACCUUCUUUCAGACCAAGGACUUUCAGAUUUCGACGUCUACAUUAUGGAGACUAGUGGCCAGCAGAUGAAAUCUGAGCUGGAUCAGUACUUGGAUGAGUCCUUGUUGCCUCGUGUACAAGAGUUUGAUGUUUUAGGCUGGUGGAAGCUGAACAAGAUUAAGUAUCCGACGCUUUCAAAGAUGGCCCGUGACAUUUUGUCGAUUCCAGUAUCCGCUGCCGCUCCAGAUUCGGUCUUUGAUAUCACGAUCAAGCAACUAGAUGAGUACCGAAGCUCGUUGCGACCAGAGACUGUGGAAGCCUUAAUCUGUGCCAAGGACUGGCUUCAUUAUGGAUCCGAAGUAUCAUCAAAUGCACUUAUUAAAAUGGAAUUUUAGAUGCAAGUGUUGUUUACUUAUGCUGGGGUGCUGCACUGGACAUAUAUUUCACCUGAUAGGUAUGUGUACAAUUAGAAAACAACUGUAUUUGUAUGGAUGCAUGGUCUUGAACACCUUAAUUGUUAGAGUAGCUUGUGUAAUAGCAAGAAGAAACUUUUAUUUCAA